AUGCCUCUCUUUAUAAACCGGGACCAAAUAUUUGCCCAUCAGGUUCACCUGCUGGAGCACAAACUGAGGAGUAAGGAGGAGCGCAUACUGGAGCUGGAGACAGAGAAUGCUAUUCUUCAUUUACGACUGGCCGAGUGUCUGGGGAAACUCCGUCGGGACCAGGAAGAGGAGACAAAGGCUGCGGACCAUCAUCAGCAGCAGAGGAACCCACAGACGAUAACCCGGUCAGCCCUCGCUAAACUCCUUCCCGAGGUCCAGGCUGUGAAGCAGGACUUGAGUGAGGUUUUUGCCGUGUAUUUGAGUUUUGCCACUGAGCUGGAGGAGCAGAGCAAGCAGCUGCUGGAGAAAGUGGAGCGGGCCAGCUGUUCUCUAAACGGUCACCGUGCAGACGAGGUUCAGGACCUGCAGGCUCAUGUUGCAGCUCUGGAGCGCUCUCUGGAGGUGGAGAAGGAGAGGUGCAGGGCGGAGAGGCAGAGGAGGAAAGAACUCCACAACGCACUGGUGGAGUUGAGAGGGAACAUCAGGGUUCACUGCAGGGUGCGACCAGUUCUCCCCUUUGACUACGUCCAGUCCUCCACCUCUGGAUCAUGGCCUGCGUCAUCAGAAGAAGUGGUCUCUGUAAUCAGUGAUGACACGGUGAUGGUGAACUGCCUAAAAACAGGGAUGCCGGCGCACAACAAGAUGUUUGAGUUUGAGAGAGUGCAUGGACCAGAGGACUCUCAGCAUGCCGUGUUUGAGGAGGUCAGGCCGCUACUCACAUCUCUGCUGGACGGCUAUAAUGUGUGUAUCAUGGCGUACGGGCAGACAGGCAGUGGGAAGACUCACACCAUGAUGGGAUCCCAGCGGCUGGAGGAGCACUCAGGGACGCAGCAGGAAAUGCAGCAGGGUAUUAUCCCCCAGGCUGCUGCUGAGCUCUUUCGGCUGAUCUCUGAGAAGCCUGCAGAGAGCCACACGGUGGAGGUGUCAGUGAUGGAGGUGUACAACAACGAGGUGUUCGACCUCCUGGCCAGAGAUGAGCGGGGGAACGCCGCCGGCCAGCGCCGGGACGUCAUCACCACCUCCUCUGGUAGCAGCCAGGUCACCGCCCUCACAUACGAGCCUGUGUGUAACGCCUCUGAGGUGAUGCAGGUCAUCAGCAGCGUUCUGAAGCUCAGGGCUCACUGUCCCACCCUCGUCCACACCGACUCCUCGCGCUCUCACCUCGUCGUCACCCUCACCAUUUCCUCCAAGAGCCCCAACGCGCUGGCUCUGGCCCGCAGGCUGCAGAGCGCCAAGAAGGACAUGCAGCGCUCCACCCAGAAGGAGUGGUGGAGUCCGCGCUGUCGCCGGGCCAACUCUGCCGCCCGCCAGUCAUCUGACGAGCUCUUUGCGAGCUCCGCCUCCUCUCCCUGCCCCUCCCCGUCCCAUUCCCCCUGUCCCUCCCCGAGGCCCAGCAUCUCGCAGGAUCUGUUCAGGACCAAGCUGCAGCUGGUGGACCUGGCAGGGAGCGAGUGUGUCGGUAUGUCUGGAGUUUCGGGUGCAGCCCUGUGGGAAGUGUCCUGUAUAAACCGCAGUCUCUCAGCUCUGUCCGACGUCCUGGGCGCUCUGGCCGAGCAGAGACCACACGUCCCCUACAGGAACAGCAAACUCACCCACCUGCUGCAGGAUGCCAUAGGUGGCGACGCCAAGCUGCUGGUGAUGCUGUGCGUCUCUCCCACGCAGCGCUUCAUCACCGAGACUCUGCAGUCGCUGGGCCUGGGCACGCGGGCCCGCCAGGUCCAGAAGGAGCUGCCGCGAAGGAAGAUUAACACCCUCAAAGUGAAGUGAUAAGACAGAGGAAAAGAAUUGGGCCUCUGCAGAUGCUGUGGUGAGACUGAACCUUUCUAUAAGCCAACAGAACAGAUUGGAUAUCGUUUGUUUGACGGCGUUUGGCCCUUGUUUCAAAGACAAUUUAAAGUGCACAGCCUUAAACAGUAUGACAACAUCUUACUGCAAUUAUUAGACAUUUGAUUAAUGGGUUACUAGGUGCUGCAUGCUCAUUUGUAUUAGCACAGCUAAUCCUGUUUUUUAACCCCUGAACCCCUAAGAAAAACUACUGUAAUAGAGUCACAUCCUUCAUCUUACUCUUAGUAGUUACUUUCACUAGUAAAUAGAUUGGCACUGAUUAUAUGUUUUUUAAUAGAUUUUGGUAGCAUUUGGAAGCUGCAGAUAUUUAUAUGAAGCUUGAAUGUACAGUUCAAUACAUUAUUUGUGUGUAAGUGACUCUAAAACCACUGUAUUCAGCACUUUUUUCCACUUUAUUUCCGCUUUCAUCAAGCUGUAGAUGAUGCUGAAAGUCAAUAGCCGUGUGUAUGCAAAAACUUUCUGACUUCAGCUGUAAAUACAUUUCAGUACUUACUGCUGAUGCCAUGCCUUCUCCAUUUUUAGAGCUUUGAGGUGCAGCUACGUUUUUAAAAAAUUUAACACAUUUCGAUGUGUUCUGUACCUGCAAUCAU